AUGGCUUCGGCAAUGGAGCAUCACAGCAACGCGCGCUCGAGUGAGGAGAAGAAAAUCGAGUCUUCACCCGUUGCACCGCAACACAUUGAUCACAUGCACACCAUCGACAACCUGCCAGACCCCGACGCAGGUCUCAGCGAAGAAGACCGCGCCGCUGCCGACAAGAAGCUGCUUCGAAAACUAGAUUUCAAGCUCAUACCCUGGCUCUCAUUCCUCUACCUAAUCUCCUUCCUCGACCGCACAAACAUCGGCAACGCAAAAGUCGACGGCCUGCAAACCGACCUCCAUCUAACCGAUGGCCAAUACUCGGCCUCGCUCACCAUAUUCUUCGUCUCCUACUCCGUCUUCGAACCCCUUACCAACGUCCUGCUCAAGAAACUGCGUCCGAGCAUCUUUCUCCCCAUCAUCAUGGUGCUCUGGGGAAUCUGCAUGACGUGCAUGGGUCUGGUGCAUAACUACGCGGGCCUCAUGACGUCUCGAUGGUGGUUGGGUGUUGCGGAGGCUGGGCUUUUCCCUGGUGUGAAUUACUAUCUGAGCUGCUGGUAUAAGCGCAGCGAGUUUGGAAUUCGGGCUGCGAUCUUCUUCAGUGCCGCGGCCCUGGCUGGCUCGUUUGGGGGCUUGCUGGCUGCGGGGAUUGCGCAGAUGAAGGGGGUGGGAGGGAAGCCUGGGUGGGCGUGGAUCUUUAUUCUUGAAGGGUUGGCGACGAUAGUGGUGGGCAUUGCAAGCUACUGGAUGGUGCAUGAUUUCCCGGCUGAAGCUACCUUCUUGUCUCCGGAUGAUCGCGCGCGUGUCCUGAGACGUUUGCGAGCAGAUAAUCAAGCAUCGGCUACGCAUGAAGAAUUCCAGAUGAAGUACUUCUGGCAAUCUGUCGGCGACUGGAAGACCUGGAUGUAUGCCAUCAUGUACAGUGGAGUUGACGGUGCUCUGUACGGGUUCAGUUUAUUCCUUCCGACUAUCUUGGCCAAUCUUGGCUACACAUCAACCAAAGCCAAUCUUCUCUCUGUGCCUCCCUACGCCGUGGCAGCUGUAAUCACCGUUCUAGUCGGCUGGAUUGGCGACCGAACGCGGCAGCGCGGACUCUGCAACAUCAUCGUCUCAUUCUUCGGAAUCAUCGGCUUCUCCAUGUUACUAGGUUCGUCCAAUCCCCACGUCCAAUACGCCGGCACCUUCUUGGGCGCAAUUGGAAUCUACCCCUGCGUCGCCAACACCAUUUCCUGGGCAUCCAACAACGUCGAAGGCGUGUACAAGCGCGGUGUUUCCAUUGGCUUCGUCAUAGGAUGGGGCAACCUCAACGGUGUAGUGAGUUCAAACAUCUACAGAGGCAAAGACAAGCCGAGGUUCUUUCUCGGCCAUGGCGUCGUGUUGGCCUAUCUCACGCUGUUUCUCCUGGGUGGUAGUCUUGUGACAAGGGCCUUGCUGGCGCGAGAGAACAAGAAGAGAAGCAGUGGUGCUCGGGAUGUUUGGAUCGAAGGCAAGGACGAGAAGGAGAUUGCGGAAAUGGGGGAUAGGAAGCCAGACUUUCUCUACACUUUGUAG